ACAGUGAUGCUGUCAAAAUGACCCAAAACAAGGCACGACCACAGCGCUGAAGCACGAGGGGGGGGGGACAACUAUCUGCCAAAUUCCGAUAUACUCAUCUUUUUGGACAUAUUUAGGGGGUAAAAAAUAUAUACAUCAUAUUACAUUUUCAAAAGUAACAAUAACCGACGGAAAAUAUCGUAAACGUUGCCCUAGAAAUAUACUCAAUGUCCCCCCGUGUCGCUGUCCAAUGGUUCAUUGGUUCGCUCCGUUGCUAUGCUAAGUGUGGACGUUCUCUUGGGUGAUGGAGAAAAAUGCAGCUGGCGCCGCGCUUUUGACGAUAUAAAAAACGUCUCACUGCGACUCCGCGACGGCAACAAAACCAUGGCCGGCAUACGACGAGCAACCGGCAAAUAUUCGGGAGUCAACCCGGCCGUCAGUUGCUGCCGCCUGCGCCAAGUUCAGUCUCUGCUCGGCGUCGAUGAUACUUUGAGUGGUGAUGGAAUCCUGUGUUCUCUCGGAAUCGACAGCAGGUACAACGAAGGCUGCGCGGAGCUGGCUAAAUACCUCUUCUACGGACUCUAUGGAAGAAGUCCCGUCAACGUGGAGCAUCCCUUGGACGCGUGUCCAGAGGAUCUGCUGGACGACGUGAUCCUUCUAAUCAAGGCCGAGUGCGUUCACCUCUACUGCAACCCGCUCAAUUUGGCCUACCUGCUACCCUACGUGUCCCACUGGAGGAACCUGCACCUCCACUGCAUGACCCAAGCCGAGUAUGAAGACGAAGAGGCGGCGGAGGAGUUCAAGAUCUCCAGUUUUGUCACCAUGGUGCAGGACUGCCAUCGUAUCGGUGUGCCUUACAGCUCCCUGGGCCACGUGCAAAAGUUUGACAUUUUCACGGUGGAAAAGUGGCCCCUCAUCCAAGCGUACGCCCUGGAGGGCAUUGGCGACGGAAGCUUUUUCACCAUGAAGUACAAGUUGUCGGACAUUAGCGAGCGACUGUGGCAGCUUUACAGCAGGCUGGACUCGGUGUCCUUGGACCAACUCUUGACCGAGGAUUUGAGAAGCUUUGAGAGGCAGUGGAGUGGCUUCUUCUCCCGCAUGGAGCUGGAGAGCCACCUGUCCAUCCUGGAGCUGUCCGAGGCUGAGGCUGGAGAGGCCUUCCGCACGUAUUCCUCCCACGGGCUGAUCGCCAGCGACCUCGCAGAUAACGGUAAAGAUCGUCAGCCCCUGGUGUUGUUUGGUGCACACUCGUCCUCGGAGCACAUGGACAGCUACGCGUUCAACUUCGCCUCGGAGAGUCACCAAGUCGGCAACACGGGACCUGGAGGCUCCCGGGCAAGUCACAUGAUUUUGCAGUGCGCUGCCGCCCGAGGACACUUGGCCUGCUCUCGGACCUAUUUCUUUGGAGCCACGCACACCCCCUUCCUUGGGAGUCAGCAUCCAAAGGCGCACAAACGGGAAGUCUUGUUCUUGUCUCGCGUGUACUCGGCGGCCGUCCAAGCGGUUCUCGGAGCAAUUAAAUGCUUCUCCGGCACGUCCAGUGCCACCAAGGCUAAAGACGUGGCGGAGCACACCUUCCUGGCGUCGUUGGACUCGUUGAAUUUAAGCGCGUACCGCAGUAUUCUCAGGUCCAAAUGUGAAUUCAACAUUCAAGCAGCUGAUAAGCAGGGAAGGCUCCUUCCGCUGACCGACACCGCGAGCCGCUUUGUCGUCAAGACAGCUUCCAUGACUGUCCGGGACGUCCCGGAUCCGCGGGGUCGCGGGGUCAACCUGGGCUCCGUGGUCUUCUCCGAAGCCUUCCUCGACUCCAGCAUUAGCAUUCAACACAAAGAUGGCGCCGUGACAGCGGACAGCUGCUACACCGUCCUGACCGCCGCCGUGCCUCGCUACGCCUGCUGGAUGAUGGAAUCUGAUGUCAAGCAGUCCGAGCUGGCCCAGCAACUCGCAAAGAAUGAGGACGACUCCCGUCUGGGUCGCGCUCUGACCAACGCCGAUGACGCGUACGUGUUAUCCGCCAGCCACCUCUCGGCGCCCGAAGAUGGCAAGAUGGCCUUCUUCUCCGGGGGGCUUCUGUUUGUCCACUCGCAAUACGGAAGCAUCGCUCUCGCCCAGGAACACGUCGGCGCACUGGCGUUCUACGAUCCGGACCCCGACGGCGUCGCGUCGCUCUUUGUGGACUACCAGAGCGCACUGCUGCCCCACUUGCCCUUCCCACUCCACAGCCAAGACCAUUGCCUGGUCUUCGCCCUGCGGCCCAGGUCCAAAAGCUACCGGGGUUUCUAUUCCAAGGUUUUGCCGCUGUGGCGAAGUGCUGAAAGUGGACUUACUCUGCGCUUGGUGGACCGGGAUCAGCUGACGUGGAAACACAAAAACAUGCACAGCAGGCUGCAGCAGCGACACGACGGUCAGGAGCCCCCGGUGGCCAAACGCAGAGGCGCAUUGAGCACUUUGCAGUCGCACCUCCCAGAGCAAGACGUGUUUCUGCAGCAUUUUUCCCUGAGUAGCAUCGGCGAGGCGCCCAUACUGUCCGACCACUUGGGGGCGCUGUUCCCCUCCGCAGAACUGAGCGUGGGCUCGGCCAACCUGGGGGACAAGGUUGUCAUCACGGUCAUUAGCGGGCUGCCUGGAAGCCACAAGGAGACACUCUGCCACUUCCUGGUGCGCCUCAACAAAGAGUACGGAAGAUGGUUGGUGUAUCCUCCCGCUGCGGACGCCCGCGACGGCGCCUUCUCGGCCUCCCAUUUGCAGGAUUUUUUGUCAGACGUCUCCGCAAACCAGAAGAGGAGGACGGCAGGGAAGGUGCGCCUCCUGGUCCUGUCACCCGGAUACACGGAUGUUCUGGACGUUGUCCAGGCCGUGCUUCAACACCCGGACUCUGGUGUCCGGGUCCGCUUCAUCAUUGGCACCGUCACCGCCUGCGUGGAUCCGCUCGCCUCCUGCAUGGAGCACAGGUUUGCUUUUCCCAAGCUGCUGGAGCAGUGCAGCCAAGGUAUCGUCAGCGCGGUGGUGUUCACCGGGGCCGCGGCCGACCUGACGCAUCCGCUGGCGCAGCACGUUCAGCAGGCGGUGCGCGCCGCCAACCCCACCGCCGCCUUCAUCUCGGCGGCAAGAGGGGCCGUCACGAGGGAUGAAGACGUCAAGCUGAUUUUGUCGCCGAGCAGCUUCAGCCGACCUCAGAUGCUGCGAGCGCGUUACGUGCUCUACCCUGGCUGGUGCAACGGGCGCUUCCACACCGGUUCGGGCUCUUUGGUCCUCAGCCGGCACCGCCUGGCCCUCAGCCGGCCCCUGGAGAGGCCUCUGUUUGCCGCCCGCUGCGCAGCGUUCAAGGCGUCGCUAAGGCCGAGUCCCUUCAGCGGAAAUGUUUACAACGUGUGGGGAAAAAUCAGGUUUUCUGACUCGCCGCACGUGAUGGCGGUGACCUACAGCGCGGUGAGCGGCGACCUCCGCGCCGUCCCGGAACAAACGGCCCAGCCCGAGAGUGACGUUGACGUCUCCUGCUUCCUGGUCUUUGAUGGCGUCGGCCUGACCGAGGAUGCGCUCCAGGAUUGGCUCAGGCUGUGCACCAAGCAGGUGCCGACAACGGCCGUCAAUACGUGGACGCGUUUGGAGAGAAGUGAGAGCGCCGUCCGAACAUGCGUCAGUUUGCCGGAGAGGACGCGGCCGAGGCCUACAAACGCAUCGAGAUGUUCAACCGCCGGCCUCUUUGAUCCCUGAAAGUGAGAUUUUUUGUUUUUUUCGAGUUGAAGGUGAGCUUGUCGCAGAAGUUCAGUCGGGCUUCGCCGUCCCGCACCCGCCAUCUUGGCGGCCUCGCUGGGCUUUCUCGAGAAUUUGCCGUCACCCCAUCCGCCCCGGCAGGCUGUCCGAUGUAAACAACAAACGUUACGGCUGCCGCCACGCCAAGGACAAUAGCGCCGCGUUAUUUUAAGAGUCCCCUGCCGCCAAGCUAAUGAAAGUGCAAUUAAGCGCGCGGGUCCCCCCCCCACCCACUGCAGAACAGCUGAGGACCGUCUCACGUGUCGGCCACAAUCUUCUGCCUGAAUCGGCGGCCCCCCCCUUUUUUUUUUUUCCACUCAUGGUUACUAGGAAGGAAGCCAGAGAUAGACGCAAGAUGAGUGAUGAGUGAGUCUUGGACAUGUGAACGAACGCAUUUCAGCUUUUUGGGGUUGUUGUUUUUUUUAUCUUUUGAAGGUUGGAACACGGGUUCUCCAAACGUGUUCCUCCAGGAGCCUAAAAAACGUUAACAAUUAAAAAUGACAUUGGACAUGCGCCGCAAGAUUAAUUCAAAAGGUGAAGGCAAGCAGAGUGAGAUUGGAGGUUGUCAGAAAAAUGGAAUCAUCCAAUUUGCCAGGCAAAAAUGGCUCCGAUUGAUGAAAACAUGGCGUGAAUGAUCCGUUUGCAAAAUGGCCUCUUUCUCCAGCUUGCUCUUUUUGGGACCAGAAACUGAACAGAGAGCUGAUGAAAUAUCAAAAAAUGAUCAAGCGGCUCUUUCAUCCUUCCAUUUUUCUGCAUGCGGCCCUCAAAUGAAAAUGUUCUAACCCCCCCCCCACCCCACCCUCACCCCAUCUUCUUCUCCAUCACUUUUUUACUUCGCCCCACGAGUGAUGCAGCGGUGGGUGAUUACUUCAAACAUUCCAGCGAUCUUUUUUUUAAUAAAACAGUCAAAACACUCAAAUCGAAUUCAACUAAACUCAAGCGAGUGAAGCAAUUUUUGUUCUCAGAAACGGCGCCGAUCUCGAACGGGGUCACCACGCCGCCGCUGCCCGCUCACAAGUCAGGCGAGCUGUCCGUCUAACAUCGUCAGGCCACAACCCGGAAUCCAAUCCCAGCCCCCCCCCCCCCCCCCGCACUGCCCCCGCAUCAUGACAUUCAAACAUGAAACUAAUUAGAUUAAAUCAAAAGCAUCCAGGUGCACCACUGCGUCGGACGUUGAGAAUGAGGCUUGCGCGGUGAAAUUCUCCGAAAAUUAUUUUUCGUGGUCGUGUCGGCCAGCGAGAGGAAAGGAAAACAAUAAAAAGUGCUUUCUCCAGGGCCACGGGGGCAAAAGUGAUAAAAGCUAUUUUCUGCACCCCCCCCACACCCACUCUCCCUCCCGUCCGUUGCUGUCUCUAUGCGGAUUUAUAUAAUCCCCCCCCACCCCACCCACCCCUGCCCCUCACUUCAGCCCAACCCAAGCCACCGCCGUCCCAGCGUCCCGACUCUGGAGCCACCCGAUCCCGUGCCGGUGCAUUUGCGCUCCCGCCGUCUUUUUCAAUGGCGGAAUGCCGAGAAUAGCAGCCGGCAUAGCAACCCAGUAAGCCUGCCGUGGAUUCGGUUUCGCCUGCGGAAGAGGGUCAACGGUCGCCGCCGUCCGUGCGCUCCCUCCUUUGCCGUAUCUUAAAGGGGCGGGCGCUAUCGAAAUCCAAGAUUAGGAUGAUCAAUAUUACAAGCGAAGUGCGUAACGAUGUCAUGGCCAUGUUUUUUUUAAAUAGAAAAACACGUCUCGGUAUUUAUUCGAAUGCAACUGAAGACCGAUGUAAAGUCAGGAAUUUUUUUUUUUUGGUCCUGAUUUUGGAUGCUGAACAUGAUUAGCCUGCGGCCUGAAGUGCGUUAAAAGUGAAUUUGGCCACCAUGCAAGUCAGCUCUGACCACUCCCACGGCGGCGAGGCUCUCCCUCUGGCAGAUCCGCCACGCUACACCCGUCUGCAAAAUGAGCGACGUUGGCUCCGACCCGGCAUUCCGAUCGGCAACCCGAGAACCGAGAGCCACUUUUGUGUCCCAAUGACGUUGUUUGUCGUCCGGAUUAUUUCACACGAGCGCUCGUUUGGUUUGGGAAGCCCAAAUCUCCGUAAGAUGCGGUUUGGCCAGAGCUUUGCAUACGUGACCCGUCCGUCUGCCCAAGCUCGUGUGUGUGUGUGACUAAUAGAAGAAGAGGAAGCCGUCUCCAAUUGAGUCGGGAUGGAUUUUUCAUGUCACGCCGACACAAUUAGAUUACGGAAACAAGA